UGACCUCCGCUCACCAAGAAGUCUUCCGGCUACCUCAUCCAUCCGCAGACCAACCAGUACCGCAGAAAUCCUCCCCGUCACGACCACAAUGUCCAUCCCCGUCCUCUUCACGCUCCCGCCCUCGAACCGCCACGAAAUAAUCCUCAUCGACGCCAACAGCAAGCCCUCGCUCAAGGCGCUCAACAAACUCGUUACAUCCACCAUGGCCAACUCGCCAAACUGCUCUGAGUUCAUGAGCAAGUACAAAUCCAAAGAGCAAACCGAGCAGAUCCAAGAGAUAAAAAUCCACUGGUGCGAAGCCGGACGCGAUCGCAAGGUAUGGCCUGAAUACACCAUCGUGACCGACGACAACUUCCCGGCUAUACUGGAGUUGAUGAAGUUGGGCGCGGGGAAGGAUGUAUUGGAGAUCAAGGUUGGGAAGCCUGAGGAGUAGAGGCUAGGCAGUGAGAGAGGGACGCUCGCGGAUCGGGAGGAAUAUCUCUAUUGGUGUAAUUUGGGAGGUGUACAUGAAAGAUUGCGGCGAAUACUUAGUGAGCAGGCGUUCGGUUUGGAUUCGCUUCUGGCAAUUGUAUUGAGUUAGGAACGGGCAAAAUAGCGGAAAUAGUAUUGUUUUAGGUGCCACAGCAGUCCAAGUGAGGACAUUGGGAAAAGGUCCUCUACUAGUCAUAGCGAUUUCGCUCACUUGCAUCGACCGAGCAGCGCCAACCGUUGAUCCAAACGAAAAGAAGUAUAUGAAUGCCGAAAACCAUG